GUCUCAGGGCUCAGGACAGAGGAGUGCUUGGCUCCUUUCCUUUCUUCUUUGCUCCUACUGCUCUCAAAGCCAACAUGAGCCGGCAGUGUAGCUCCAGGUCUGUGUGCCGGAGUGGUGGAAGAGGCUUCAGCUCUGGCUCUGCAGGGCUGGUCAACUUCCACCAUAGAUCCUCUAGCAGCUCUGUGCGCCGCAGCGGAGGAGGUGGCGGGAGAUUUUCAGGAGGAUUCUGCGGGAGUGGAGGAGCUGGUGGUGGUUUUGGAAGCAGGAGUCUUGUUAACCUUGGUGGCAGCAAGAGCAUCUCCAUCAGUGUGGCUAGAGGAGGUGGUCGUAGUGGUUUUGGUGGUGGCUUUGGUAGUGGCUAUGGUGGUAGCUUUGGCAGUGGUGGUUAUGGCGGUGGUGGUUUUGGUGGUGGUGGUUUUGGCAGUGGCGGUUUUGGCAGUGGAGGCGGUUUUGGAGGUGGUGGAUUUGGGGGUGGUGGAUAUGGGGGUGGUUUUGGGCCUGUCUGCCCUCCUGGUGGCAUACAGGAAGUCACCAUCAACCAGAGCCUUCUGCAACCCCUCAAUGUGGAAAUUGACCCUGAGAUCCAAAAAGUGAAGUCUCAAGAAAGGGAGCAGAUCAAAUCACUCAACAACCAGUUUGCCUCCUUCAUUGACAAGGUAUGAGGAUGAGAUCAACAAGCGGACAAAUGCAGAGAAUGAAUUUGUGACCAUCAAGAAGGAUGUGGAUUCUGCUUAUAUGAACAAGGUAGACCUUCAGGCAAAAACCGACAACUUGAAGCAGGAAAUUGAGUUUUUGACAGCACUCUAUGAAGCAGAGUUGUCUCAGAUGCAGAGUCACAUCAGUGAAACCAAUGUCAUCCUGUCCAUGGACAACAACCGCACCCUGAACCUGGAUGGCAUCAUUGCCGAAGUCAAGGCCCAGUAUGAGGACAUUGCCCAAAAGAGUAAAGCUGAGGCUGAGGCCCUGUACCAGAGCAAGUAUGAAGAACUGCAGAUCACUGCUGGCAAACAUGGCGACAGCGUGAAAAACUCAAAGAUGGAGAUUUCUGAGCUGAAUCGAGUGGUGCAGAGACUUAGAUCUGAAACUGACAGUGUGAAGAAGCAGAUCAGCAGCUUGCAGCAGUCCAUUAGUGAUGCUGAGCAGCGUGGUGAGAACGCGCUCAAGGAUGCCCAGAACAAACUGAAUGAGCUGGAGGAU